AUGCAUUUCUCUACGCUUGCCAGCGCCGGUCUCAUGGCUACUACUACCACGGCAUACCCUCACGUCUUGAACCGCUUCAGCGCCGCUAAGCGUCAAGCCAGCGGAGCCCAGAACGUCGUCUACUGGGGUCAGAACGGUGGCAGCGCCGUCGAGAACACCGAUCUCUCUACUUACUGUACCGACGAUGCUGGAAUCGACAUCAUCGUCCUUGCUUUCUUAUACCAAUGGGGAAAUGGUAUUACAAUCCCCUCUGGUACCAUUGGCCAGUCUUGCUACAUCGGCACUGAUGGCACCGGCCAGAACUGCGAUGACUUGGCCACCGCCAUCUCGACUUGUCAGUCCAAUGGUAUCAAGAUCAUCUUGUCUCUCGGUGGUGCUUCUGGCGCUUACUCUCUCAGUUCACAAGAUGAGGGUACGACCAUCGGCCAGAACCUGUGGGCUGCUUACGGUAGUCCCAACGCAACCAGCUCCACUACCACCACCAUUCCUCGUCCCUUCGGUAAGACCUUUGUCAACGGUUUCGACAUUGACUUGGAGGCCAAUGCUGGAAAUGAGUUCUACCAAUACAUGAUUUCUACCCUCCGCACCAAUUUUGCCAAGGACCCAUCGAAUACUUACUACAUAACCGGAGCCCCUCAAUGCCCUAUCCCUGAGCCUAACAUGCAGGAAGUCAUCACCAACUCUCAAUUCGACUACCUUUGGGUCCAGUUCUACAACAACGAAGGCUGCUCCACCGACACUGGCAGCAACCUCAACGACUGGAUCACCAACAUUGCUGGCACCCCCUCCUCUGGAGCCAAGAUCUUCCUCGGUGUCCCUGCUUCUGAGGACGGUGCCACUGGUACUGCCUCCGGUGCUAAAUACUACCUUUCUCCUGCCGACCUUGCUACCCUCGUUACCAAGUACAGCCACAACAGUGCUUUCGGCGGUAUCAUGAUGUGGGACGCUGGCUUCUCCGACGGCAAUGUCAACAACGGCUGCACCUAUGCCCAGCAAGUCCACAGCAUUCUCACCACUGGCCGCGCCUGCUAA